CGGGACUUAAUAUAGUAUUAAUAAGACUAUCAGAUGCGUAAGCUACCUUAUUAAUAAAAUGCGAUAUUAGUAAAUACUAUAGCAUUAAUAUCAAAGUUAAAUUUAAAUUAGUACUUAAUUUAAUGAGACAGGAAUAUGGAUCCAAUUAUAAUAGUUCAUGGUGGGGCUGGUGAUAUACCAGAAAGCCGAGUCCAAGGCAAAUUAGAUGGAGUGAAAACUGCUGUAAUCACUGGCAAUAAAAUACUGCACCAAGGUGGAUCGGCUCUGGAUGCAGUUGAGGCAGCAGUAGUUUCUAUGGAAAAUGAUGAAUAUUUUAAUGCUGGAUAUGGAUCAGUCUUGAAUUUACGUGGAGAAGUUGAAAUGGAAGCUAGUAUUAUGUGCGGUAAGAACUUAGAUGUUGGAGCCGUUACACUUGUUAAAGACUUUGAACAUCCCAUCAGCAUUGCUCAUAAAGUUCUGACUGAUUCACCACAUUCAUUAAUCGGUGGAGAAGGGGCUAAGCUAUUUGCGUUGAGUAAGGGUUUUGCACCGUUGCCCCCAGAAUCUUUAAUUAGUGAAAAUGCCAAGCACGCACUAGAAGAAUUUAAAAAACAUGGUGAAUUUGGUAGAACUGAAAUAGGCAUAAGAGAGGGAGGUACAGUUGGAGCAGUAGCAAUAGACGCUGAUGGCAACAUAGCUGUAGCAACUAGUACAGGCGGCAUGAGUGGGAAAGCCGUUGGGCGUAUUGGUGAUACACCACAAAUUGGGAGCGGCACGUAUGCCGAUAACAGUGUUGGUGGAGUGUCUACUACUGGUCAUGGUGAAUCCAUCUUGAAAUAUUGCUUAGCUCACAGUAUCAUUAAACUAAUGGAAUCUGGUAUAAACCCUACUGCAGCUACAAAGACGGCUGUCGAGGGUAUGACCAGUCGAUUAAAUAACACUGCAGGGGCAAUUACGCUAUCGAAAAUGGGGGACAUUGGUAUACAUUUCAGUUCAAGAAGAAUGGCAUGGGCGUAUAUCAAGAAUAAAAAACUUAUGUAUGGAAUUAAUCACAACCAAAUUCUUGAAGAUAAAUAAAAUUUUUAAUAUCUGAAA